AUGGCGGAUGAUGAUGUAUUAUGGAGAAGUGCGGAAGGUAAGGACUUUAUUUCAAAGCUAAGGGUAAAAUGGGCCAUGAAACCUGGAAUGCGCGCCGAAGAUCAACAGACACAGAGUGAUAAGGAGAUGUGGAAACAAAUGGAAGAAUUGAAACAAGAGAUUGCGAAGAAUAUGAAAGGGGACAAGCAUGAGGAGGAAGGCAUAGCAGAAACAUUGUGCAGUACGUAUGGAACUGGAAAUGAACCAGUAAGUGAAGAGGACAAAGCUAGGUGUGGACUACUUGCACGACUAAUGUUCUACAUGGAAGGGUUAAACAGUAAGGGUACAGAAGUGGAUACAGAUGUAAUUGACAAUGACACGAGACAAUUACAAGAGGGAAUGAAAUGUAUAAUAGGGGGCGUAUAUAUACAGAAAAUAAUGGACUUAGCAUGCUGGGGCAAUGAUAUUCGAGAACAUGCACUGAAGGCCGUGGACGGAUAUAUGACUAUGAUGCCACAAAGAAGACGCAGAAGUAGGCAGUGUGUGAAUUGGACAUUUGGCGAUACAUGUGUAGGGGGUUUUCCCCUUGAGUCGAAAAUUACGCAAUGGAUGUUGGACGAUAGUAGUGUUACGCACAGCGUGCAGGACGCCGCACGCGAUUUGUCGUGUGAAGUGCAGGACUGGACACAGAGGAAACAGGCCAUGGAACAGCGCGCACGCCAGGGCAUACACGCUACUGCGUGUGCAGGACGUCCAGGCCAAGCACAGUUCACUGGUACACCAGCACAGGGAUCUUCCACCACACCACCAGCACCUAAAGCGCCCGCGGUGAGACCAGCCGCCUCUGCAACACCAGCACCGGCGACGCCGGUCAACGGUAAGCAGGCUACUGCUGCCAAACCAGUAGCGGCGAAACCGGUGCCGAAGAAGCCGCCCGAGCUACAGGAUUGUCAAGGAGACAGAUUAUUGGAAUGGAGACAUCCUGAAAAAUACGUGGCACAUCAGUAUACUGCUGAUGCAUGGAACAGGGUGAAGAAGGUGUUGGAUGAUUUUAAGAAAUAUAUGGACAAGGGAAGAGAGCUCAUGAAUGACUAUGGUGCCAACUGUUAUAAUGUAGGAUGGGAUGAUUUAAAGGAAGAUGGGAAUUAUUUCAAGGGCCAAACAGUAGCAGAUGUCGUCAGGUGCAGACUUAUGAGUACUGCGCUAUUCUUUGCGAACCAGCAGGGUACGGAACAAGGACCCGAUAAAGACAUGAAUCAACGGCUGCGGUGUGAAAUAGCCAAUACAUUUGGGCAUAUGCUCAAAAAAAUGUACUGCUCGCAGCAGGGAACCUGGGCCAGAGGUAUAGAGUAUGCUGGAAUAACAUUCAAGAGCAUGCAGAGCCCAGGAAAAGAUGGACACGGAGGCGUGACUGGUCCCGUUGUGGAGGGAAAGUGCACCAUGUGCGGGUAUAAAGGUUAUGAGCACACUGUGCAAGCAGUAGACUUGGACAUAGCUCACUGGUUACGGGGGCAGGGAAAAAUACUCCAUGGAAUACAGCACAUAGAUGGGUCUGUGCCCUGUGAUACGAAAUGGGAGGAUUAUACAAAAGGCAAGACGAAGCCGAGUAACCCGGACAAGGUGGACGAAACGAAGAUCACUGAAAUAAAGGACACGGAGAAGAAGAUAGUGGACGAGGCAAAAAGGGUAAUUGAGAAGGCCAAGGUCGCAGUAGAACAGGAAAUUGAAAAACAGAAAGCAGGCAAGGCACCUGAACCAACACCUGAGUCCACAAAACCACAGGCUGAACCGGUACCACCAGCAUCAGAAGAAAAUGCAACAGAAAAAGGGAACGAUUCGACAAGUGCAAAAACAGCGAAAGCAGAUAACGGAGCAGCACCAGCACCAGGGGAUGUGGGAAGGUCAGAAACAUCAGCUGGGGAUGAUACAGUAUCACCAUCACCCCCUGCAGCAGGACAAGGCGGAACAGACCCAGGAGGCACAGAAACCAGUAUCACACAGACACCGUCGCAACCUGGACCACCAGGAGCAGAAGCAGCACCCUCCGGUACGGACAGAGAAAACAGUGACAGUAGUUGUUCCAAUGGUGGAGGUGCGGGUGAACGCAUUGUAAUUUCCUGUGGGAGCGCACAAGGACCUGGUUUGGACCCUCCCGCGGACCUGGCAGGCUUAAUUUCUGGAUCGUUGGAAGAUAAUAGUACUAGUGAGGGCGCAGGCGGAGGUCAACAACUUCCCCAAGAGGUGAACCACGGUACUGGAACUACACAGAUCACGACACGUAACGGUCAGGAGGAUUCACCGCCGGCACCAUCCAGCAUACCAACAACAACAGGAAAUGACGGAAACGCGGGUACACAAGGUGUACCAGGUCCAUCUGGUCAGGAAGGAGGACGGGGUGAACCAAGUACACCGGUUGAGGAUGGCGGAAGCGAUGACCCCCCUCCUCUCAAUCCGCCCAAACCAAAACCGAACCCGAACCCAAAUCAAUCGGGGUCGAGCGGUAGCGGCGGCACCGGCGGCAAAAACGGUGAACCGUCCUCAGGAGGUACUGAACAGAGUGCAGCAGGUGGUAGUGCUCAACCAGAUGGUGGUGGAGGGGGAGGAAGUGCAAGUUCCUCAUCCUCUGCUUCAGAACCAGCCAGUCCAGGUUCUACUGGUGAACACACCCCAGGUUCUUCAGGACCUGGCUCCACGGGCACUUCGCAACCAGGUACCACAGGUACUGGCUCCAGUGGGGGUCCACAGGGAGCUCGUUCCCCUCCUUCCGGUGCCCAGACUCCAGAAACCAAAGACCAACCUCUUCCUACCCUCCCUCCGUCGAAACCCUUCGACCCCAAGGAUGUCAAGCCGUACACCCCCGCGAUCAUUCCCGCGGUGGUUGGUAUUGGGCUCAUUGCCUUUUUCCUCUGGAAGUACUUUGCGUACCGCGCUACACGACGACGAACGUAUCGAACUAUACGUGACGUGCCGUCACCGCCACUCGACGAAGACAUAUUGCAACAUCUACAACGAGGCGAACUGCCGCCACCCGAUUACGGCUACACCAUGAUUCGGGAUAGGCAGCCCGGCAGAUUGCCCGCCGACCGACGACGACGUCAACCACGCGUGAAUCGCCGCACGAUCAUCGAACUACAUCUAGAAGUGCUCAACGAAUGUGACGCGGCCGAAUGGGAAAGCGUCAAAGAGCACUAUUGGAAGAUUGUGGUAGAGCAGUUUGCGCAGGAUUUGCUGCGGGAAGAAGACAGGAAUAACCAUAUCUUGGGUGUUUCUACCACAAACCAGGAUUUAUCAGGGACCCAUGUUUCUUCCACUGACUCGGCAGGAAUAGAUCCAUGUCCACCUAACGAAGAUAACACAUGGAGUUGUAUGGAAACCAUGCAGUUAGCAACGGGCCCUUGUCCACCACAUGACCCAGAUCUAUGGAGCUGCAUGGAAACAAUACACUUAGCAACGGUCCCAUGUCCACCUAACGAAGAUGACCCCGAUCCAUGGAGUUGUAUGCAAAACAUACAGUUCCACACGGACGCUUCUGCAUCUAACGAAGAGCGCCCCGAUCCUUGGAGUUGUAUGGAAACUAUACAGUUAGCAACGGACCCUUGUGCACCGACUGCACACGACCCCGAUCCAUGGAGUUGUAUGGAAACUAUACAAUUACAAACGCACCCUUGUGCACCGCAUGAAGACGACCCCGAUCCAUGGCGUUGUAUGGAAACCAUGCAGUUAGCCACGGGCCUUUGUCCACCACAUGACUCCGAUCCAUGGCGUUGUAUGCAAAACAUACAGUUCCACACGGACGCUUCUGCAUCUAACGAAGAGGACCGAUGCAAUUGUAUGGAAAAUAUCGCCUUAGAUGCAGAACAGAAUGCUCAUUCCAACCACAGGCACGCGACGUCGUACUGCACCCAAUGGAUUAACUGGAUUGACCGCAACAAGCAUCUAUUGCAGGCGUGCACGACGCAGCCGUGGUUUUUGCAAUUGAAAUCGGAAUGGACACAAUACCUGCGUGAUCACAUGGCGGCCAACGAAGACAACGGGCACAGUGUACUCGGUGAUGCGGCAACCCUGCAGAUGAAGACACUGCGGUUGUGGAAAGAAUGGGUUGCAAAGCAACAUGCGCUUAUGCAUAUAUAUGGUGAGGAGGAGUGGUUCAAACAUUUGUUGAAUAAUGUUGAGGAGGAGAUAGUACCUGAAAAAGGCGAAGUACCUAGAGUGGAAAACGACUUAGACGUGGACAGAGUAAUGGGAACCGCAGAUAUGCUAAGAGUGAGAGAUGUACCACGGAAGCAACUGCAUCCGCAACCUUACAUGCAAAAACCGUUAACCGCCCUCAAAUUGUGCAUGCUACUCCUCGCAUCCGUAAUCGAAGAGUGCGAAAUCGAGAGUAGUAUGCUGGAUAGGGAGUUAUAUGUAGAUGACCUCUUGCACAAGCUCUGCAAUUAA